CACCCAAAGACGGAAUCUGCUUGUGGAGGGCUCUUCGUGGGAUUCUCCCAUGUAUUAAAACAUAAAAUUGCAAGGGACUUGAGCUUGAAAAUAUGUGUUCCAUAUGUGGUGAGAGGGGAGAAACUUUAACACAUGUGUUCCUUCAAUGUUUGUUUCCAACUGUUUGGGAGGGCAUCAGAUUUAGAUGGGAGUCCGAUACGACAACUUCAUUCCAGUUUUGGUUCAGUAGUUAUGCAGUGGUCUAAUCAAUGAAGAACCUUGGCAUGGUGGGCUGGAUGAUUUGGGGCAUUUGAAAGGCUCGAAAUCAAGUUAUCUUCCCAAUAGCCCUUUUUCUUUGUCCACAAUAGAUCUUCUCAUUUCAUUUUUUAACAAGUAAAAUACCACAACUACCCCCACUUACUUUAUUUAUUACACCUCACCCACCUCAUUUAAUACACUCCACCCAUUUUUCAUUAAGGUAUUAUAUUUCUACCAAAAUAGAAAACAAAAUUUGGAACUCGUUAUAUAGAACCAGUUUGGCCAUUCACCUCGUGAGGAGAUUAAUGGAAGAGUAUAGGGCUAGGAAGAAGUACCUUCAUAUGGGGUUUAUUGAUCUUGAGAAAGCGUACGAUAGGGUGCCAAUGGAGGUCUUAUGGAGGUGUCUUGAGACGAGAGGAGUUCCCAUCGCAUACACUCGCGCGAUCAAGGAUAUGUACGAAGGGGUCCCAUGGUGCAUGCUUUUCGCGGAUGAUAUGGUGCUUAUCGAUGACACACGUGAGGGACUAAACGAUAAGUUGGAACUAUGGCGCCUUGCCCUUGAGACUAAAGGAUUUAGAAUAAGUAGGAACAAGACUAAAUACAUGGAAUGUCGUUUCAGCGGCCGGGAAACAGAAUCAGAAGUGGAUGUUAGGAUUGACUCUCACCUAGUACCUAAGGUAGACAGGUUUCGAUAUCUUGGCUCGGUAAUCCAGGCUGAUGGGGAGUUAGACGGGGAUGUUGGACAUCGUGUUGGAGUGGCUUGGGCCAAAUGACGCACAUUCCAUUCUCCCGUGAGCUCCAUUUAUAUAGUAUUCAUCUUCUUCUUCGUCUUCAUUUCCUGAUCGAGAAGCAGCAGAGGAGAAAUGAAAUACGUUUUGGUAACCGGAGGAGUGGUCAGCGGGCUGGGUAAAGGCGUCACUGCGAGCAGUGUCGGU